CGGUGUGUGCUGGAGCGCAUGCUGUUGCUGGACCCUGAGAGGCGGGUGAGUGCGUCGGAGGCGCUGGCCAUGCCCUUUUUCAGCGAGUUCAGAGAACCAGAGGAGGAGACUGAGGCCCAGCCCUACGAUCACUCCAUGGACAACACAGACCUGCUCCUGGAGCAGUGGAAACGUCACACAUUCACAGAGAUUCUGUCCUUCAGGCCUGCAGCAACAGAGACCAAGGACCACAAAGAGACAUCACUCUGAGAGUACACACAUACCUCUCAAUACCUGUCAAUGAUGAUUAUAAGGCAUUGUUGUAUUGUUGUACAGAUGUAAUGCGAAUCCAAUGUACAGAAUGUAGUUUAUUGAUUAUAAAU